UGUAGCCUGGGUAUACGUUACUUUAUAUGAAUUACAAGACUGCAAAACAGCGUCAUGUUUUAAUCCGCGGAAAGAAAAUAAAUCCCACUUCAGACGUCGCUCCAUUAAGUUACAAUAAGUCCAUGUAUUGAAAGUUUUUAUUAUUAGUUCACAUUUUAAACUAUUAAAGGAUAUGACUAAAUAACAGAUUAGUUGAAUAUCAACUUAGCUGGAUAAUAUAUAUAAAUAUAAAAUCGGUCUCAAAAAUGGUAGUAAUAGGUUUUUUAAUCCGGUACUUACAAAAUUACUUUAUAAAAAAAGUUAAACGGUAAACAUAUAAAUGCUUUUACUAAUGUGAAUAUAUUUAUUUUUUAAUGAGGACUUGUUACUACACGGAUUGCAUUUUUAAGUCGACUGAAAGGAUUUCACCAUAGUAUAAAACAUGAAUGACGAUGCACUACACCCGAAACAAUUUCUUGAGUUGCGAGAAAGAGAAGUGUUCGAUUUAUUUGACAAAAAUGGCGACGGUUUUAUCACACAGAAUGAGUUAGGAAACGUUCUACGGUGUAUAGGAUAUAAUCCGACGGGGGCUGAGGUGGAAGACAUAUUAAAAAAGUUUGAUUCCGAUCAUAACGACAAAAUUACGUAUGAUGAAUAUGUUGAAAUGUUAAAGAAACAUUUAAAAGAUCCUAGUGUGUUUAAUAUCGAGUUACGAGAAGCUUUCCGAAAGUUUGAUAGAGACAGGACCGGCGAUUUAGAUUUUAAAGAACUCCGGAAAGCUUUGAUGUCUCUCGGCGAACCGUUAACGGCCGAGGAGACCGACCAGUUGUUUAAAAUGAUGGACGCUGAUGGAGACAAGCAAGUUGAUGUUGAAGAAUUUGUGAAGUUUAUGCUCAAGGGGUAUGACGAUAUCAAGAAAGUAGAAGAAUGCCCACAGAUCCAAACGACAUCAUCCAAAAAAUGAUUUCAUUUAGAAACUAUAUUCAUGAUUUCAUGCCAUAUCAUAUUUAUAUAUUAAAGUUAUCCAUUAUCUUUUAUAAAUUAUGUGUUUAUAUUUGUAAAUUAGUAUACAACUGAAAGAUUGUUAUGUAGAGUUGUACCGCGGACUCAUGUUGAACGCUCAUUGUGUCAGUAGCGUAUAUACAUGUAUAAACAAGAUAAAGUACUUUAUAAUAUCACUAAAAUUUAUUCUUAUAUAUUUAAUUCUUAUGACCCGAAAAUGCGGUCGUUUGUGUUAUGUUCAGAAUGCAUAUAUACAUGUCCAAGUUAGACCCCAAAGUGCAUUUGACCCCAAAGUGAGAUGUGUUACAAAGAAUUUAUGAUUUUAGCUACCUCAUCUCACAUGCGUUAAUCCAGAAAAUGGGGGAGGAGGGAUGGUCAUGAUCCCUCCUGGAAUCUGGCUAAUACAUGUAUACCCACUGAGUUUUGAAUAUUAAAAGUAAACUUUAAGUCAUUUAAAGAUUUCUACUAAAAGUAAUCGAGACUAAAUCGUGAUUUAUAAUAAUUCUUUCAAGAUCAGAUAUAGACGGUUGUGCAUAAAUUUUACACGUGUCGUCUGCUUUAAUAUGUGUAGUGUUUAAUAGGUUCUCUGAAAUAUCAUUUAUAUAAACAAGAAAGAAAUGAAGUCUAAGUACUGGACCAUGAGGAAACCCUGUGCUUUAUGUGAAGACAACGCAACAAAAUUUUACAUCUGCAUUAGAUAACUUUUAUCGACUAUUCUUCUUAAGUGCUUGAGAAGGUCACUAAGUCAUCAAGCAUUUUGAUUUUGUACAUAGAAAAGAAAUAUAUAUCAAACAAAAUUGCUUGGUUUGUCAAACUUUUUUUCACAACACAUGUACAUUUGAGAUAUUUGUAUUAAGAUGAAAAAUGCAAACACUAAUCUAUUUCAUCUUUCACACUUUUAUUUUUACGGACUCGAAACGUUUGGUACAGUUGAACCCACGGUCGGAAGAUCCCAACCGUAAA